GGCGCGGGCAGGGACGCGGUGAAUGAGUUCUCCCCGCGCCUCCGCCGAGUUGGCUGAGUUGGCGGCGCCUCGCCCGGGUUCCCCUGGCUCUCGGCGCUCCUCCACCUAGCCGCUGCCCAAGCCUCGCCGGCAGACGAGCUCCGGAGCUUCGGUCCCGGCCCCGGUCCGGGGGUAGAAGAGGGUGGACCCCGUGUGGACUCCAGAUCGAGCGGCAUCUUCCACCCUGAGGCCCCAUCUCUCUCUCUCCAUGGCGUUUCGACAACAAACCCGAAUCCAGGCUUACCUGGAGAAGAACAAGAUCGGUCCUCUGUUUGAGAUGUAAGAGGAGGAGAGAGCUACUUGCUUUGUACGGAAAAUUUAGAUGCGUUAAGAAGAGGCAGAAAGCCAUAAGAUAAUAUGGGCACCAGCGAUUGCUCCGUUGGUGCAUGUGGACACAUCUCAAGAGGAUUAUGAAAGGUGGCAGCACUGUGUGAAGCUCUUAAAAGCAAAGGAAUUAAUGACCAAGUUAAUAACUGAGACCCCUGACCAACCAAUUCCAUUUCUCAUUGACCAUCUUCAGUCUAAACAAGGGAACCGUGGACAGCUGCAAAGAACUUUGUCUGGAUCUGCAGCCCUGUGGGCAGACAGUGAAGUAGCAGGAGAACCUAAAGGAACAAGAAGGGAUUUUAGAAGCUAUGAUAAACCUUGGCAAUUAAAUGCAAAGAAGCCUAAAAAAUCAAAAAGUGACCUUGCUGUGUCUAAUAUUUCUCCUCCAUCACCAGAUUCCAAGUCAUUGCCAAGGUCAGUAGAGCAUCCUAAGUGGGACUGGAGGACUAAACCAGAAAGCCGUGAUUUUGAUGAAUUGAACCACAUCCUUCAAGAGAGCAAGAAGCUGGGGAAAGCCCUUGAGAAUCUCUCUCGAAGUAUUGCAAUCUCAGAUGAACUGGAUAAGGAAACAGUGGCUUUCAGUUCUUCUCUUCUGAGACCUCGAGUGAUUGGAGAAUGGAUUGGCAGGGAAGAAAAUGAUGCUGAUCCCCUGGCUGCGGAAAUGCUGCAGCCCCCAGUUCCCCGCACUAAAAAUGACCAGUGGGAAAAUGAAGAUAGUGGCUGUAGCCCUGCAGGAAGCAUAAAGGUGGAGCCCAAGACCAAAGGACUAAAGCAGCAACAGCAGCAGCAUAAGAAACUCCUGGCAGCCAUGCUUUCGCAGGAUUCCUUCGAGUCCAUCCACAGUCCUACACCGUCUGUAACGGAAGAAGACAUUGAUAAUGAAGAUGAUGCAAUGGAGUUGCUGGAGGAUCUUGAUGACUUAAGAAUGGAGGGAGUAACAACCCUGGUACCUUCUGGGAGCAAAUUUAACCAAGGUCGUGCCACUCACCCUGCUGAACCUCAGGCCAAGGUCACACUGAAUAUCUGUUCAAGGUGUGCCAGGCUUCAAGGAGACAACCUGGCAGAAACAGCAGAGGACACAUCACAAAUACUUCACUCCCCAAAUGAAAUAAUCCCAGACUCAUUGGAUUCUUUACCUGUGACUGAAGAAGCACUGAUGGAGGAGGGUGAAGAACUUGAGAAAACAUCUAGAUUAAUAGGACCUGAAGAAGCCUCCAGUGGAGGACAGUCUUUGAAAACCUACAUGGAAGAAGACGAGUCCUUAAAGCAGCUGCAGGUGGUGCACCAGCCCUGGCUCCUGCCAAGCGACACAGAGAGCGAAGGACUGGAGGACCAGCGACACCAUGGAGGCAGGAACGUGUGGCAGAGGACAGCUGUUCCCAGCAUGGCAGACAGGAAGACAGGAAGCAGAGAGCAUGGUUCUGCUGAACUUCUUCUUUGUGUCCCAUGCUCUUCUUGUCCUACUCUGGUCUACUCUGGUCUGUGAGACUGGCAAAAAAAAAAAAAAAGCUGCAAGUGGUCCCUAAAGAGAUUGUUACUAAUGUAAU